GCUCCGAACCUGAUAGAAGUGCUGCCUGUCGAAGUGUCCAACCGAGUUGUUUGUUAUUGUGACGCCCAACUGCGUUUGUGAGUACUAUUCUGCCAUUAUCGAAGAAACAAACAUCACGCAAGUUUUUAAAUUACCUAGUGACAAACGGGUAAGAGUAAACAUUGCAAUUGGAAAUAGAAGACAUCACGCAGAGUGGAGGAUUAAAAGAGGGGUAAGCGUAUCAAGAAUAGAUCGCCGUAUCGGCCGAAGGGGGGAAAUCUGAAAACUCGUAGACAGGUUGGUGCGAGAAGAACUACUCAACAAACGUCCAUUUCAUAUCCGUUAAAAUUGCGUGGUUUUACGCAGGGGGCAGGCAGGGUGUCCUAAAGAGUGAGGGUCUGGAUUACGGAUUCACGAUGAUGGGUACGCAUCCACACCCCAAUUAUGGAUUUUUGCCAAGCAUGGAUCUUCACUCGGUUCACCAAUUGCCGCAGGAAAUAUCGAGUUCUCAGCAAGGGUCUAUACCUCAGCCAGAGCACAUUAAGAGGCCGAUGAACGCGUUCAUGGUCUGGUCUCGUAUCCAGCGACGCAAGAUAGCGCUGGACAAUCCGAAGAUGCACAACUCUGAAAUAUCCAAGCGUCUCGGCGCCGAAUGGAAACUUUUGACCGACAUGGAGAAGCGCCCGUUCAUCGACGAGGCGAAGAGGUUGCGGGCUUUGCACAUGAAGGAGCACCCCGAUUACAAAUACCGACCUCGACGAAAGCCGAAGACCCCGGUCCCCGUCCCCCAGGGAAAACCGGGGUCUCUUAGCCCCGGAGGAUUUCCCAGUUUUCCGCUACCACCGUACUUCGCCGCCCCGACGGCACCCGUGUCGCACCACGCUCUCGAUUACCCUCCGAUACCUCCGUACUUCGGCUCGGCCUUCGACGCUGUUCACCUGAGCAAACUGGUCGCCCAGGGUGGCCAGAACAACGGGCCGGCCGCCGACGUCGCGAACAACAACGCGGCGUCGGCGGCAGCGGUGGUCAGCAGCUUUUAUUCGAGUUUCUACCCACCGACCUCUACGCCGGGAAAGCACUAUCACACAUCGUCCUCUCACCUGAGCCCCCUGUUCCCCACCCACCAUCAAGGACCGCCGAUAAUGUUCGGCUCCGGCGGUUCGGGAGGCAGUGUGGCGACAAGCAGCCCGAGCAGUUCACCGGACACAACACCGAUCUCGUCGACUCACCCGCAGGUCUCGGUAGCGGCCAGUUUGGAUCUCGAGCAACUCCGAAGACCCGUCUCGGUUAUAUUUUGAAUAUGUGGAAAAGAGGAUGGCUUCCCCCUCUCUCUGGUUUAAGCUGUACCUACAAUACACUCACAAUUAGCGAGGAGCUUCUCCAUAUUAUACGAGAGAGGAUGAACCACUAAAUUGAUGUGUCAAUACGUUUAUGAAUUAGUUAUAAUUCACUUGAAUUAAUGAUCGUGAACUGAGUGAACGCGAAAUAACUAAAUUAGUGAGACUUACCUGAAUUGUUAUAAGAUUAUUAUAAGAUUAUUAUAAGAAUUAACGGUAUUGUUGUAAGAAUUAACUAAGAAUCAACUGAUGAAUUAUGGAAGAUUGAAUCAAACUGAUUAUAAUCAGUUCGAAUUCAUACCAGAAUUAUCUGUGUAGAGAAUGAAAAUUGAAAUCAGAUACAAAAAUUUAGUACAAUUGCAAGAAAUUAAUUUCAAUUAAGAUGUAAUACAAAAGAAUAAGUUGAAAUUUUUUCGACUUCCCUUCAACUUUUGAAUUGAAUUGAAUUUGAAUAAGUGGAAUUUAAGGAGUUUUUCUGAAUUAAAAAAAUUAAGUUGAUUACAUAAAUCAAUUUAAAAUCAAAGCAGAAACAAAACAUUUACAUACGCACAUUACCGUAUGUAUAUU